GUUUGACUCUAGAAAGAGAAGUCUCUAGUGGAAGAUGCAGCUUAUUUUAUCAAAUUUGCAGUGGGAUCGUAUGGCUGGGCAAUGUACGUGUUUAUGAAUCCUUGUUCUGGACCCUUGAAACUGUGUGGUGGAUUAAGGUACAGUACUGCAGGGCUGCAUGUCACUAAGAUUUCUUGUUGUCGGAUAUAUGCAUUCAGUAGGCAGGGAAUUGAACAGUCAGGAAGUUGUUUUGGUUGUAUUUCGUUUGUUUUCUAUGAAACUAGCCAGGGUUCCUGCUUAUAGUUUCAAGGGGAAACUAAUACCCGGCUCCCAGCCCUUUAUGGUAGCCCUGUUAUUGUCAGUAGUACUUAAUAUGCUGGGCAAUCUGAAGCAAAGCAAAGAAGCCUUAAAUGUAGUAGAAGCUCAAGAGCAGUUUCAGGUAGUCACUCUAGUCAAGAAAUUCAAGUUAAACUUAUUAAAAAAUAAACAAAGAAACUGUGCAAUCUCGUGGUAGCCAAUAAAUAAAGGGAUGAAGUCACCAGAAAAGUCCUGUGGGGCAAUUCCACACAUCACCCACCCGGUCCCACACGUAACCUUAUUCUAAUUGCUGAAGUCUUGGGUACAUUAUGAUCUGCAGGUGCUGCGGGUGUUGCCGUCCUACCUUAGAACACAUCUCCAAAGAUAACUGCUGUCAUUGCAACUCUGCUGGCCUUAAACUGCAGACUCAACUGGAGGAUGUGGACUUGGUUUACUGCAGCUAUCAUAAUAAGGUGAUCCAGUGCAAAACUACUCAGUAUUAAUUGUAUGAUAGUCCUGUGUUAUUUAUCCUGAAGUGCUCGUGAAGCUUUGAUUCAUAAAUAAUUUAGCAUUCUGGACCAAAAAGGGUGAUGGGUUUAAUCGUUUUCUUGCUUUACUUCUUUGCGUUAUUUUCCUUUGCGUUAUUUUCCUCACUUAUAUGUGUUGCCCGUGACUGUGCUCACAUGGUGGGUGGCUCCUCCUACAAUGUUCUGCAAUUGGUAUAGGAUUUAAUGGAGCCGAAACCAAUUGUGGAAUUGCACGGCUUUUAGGCACCCUACUGAUGAACAGUUGCGACACAUAGAUAUAUAUUUUUUAGCAACUACUAUAAUUUGCAGUCUGUCCACUUUGAAUAAUCCAAUGCUGUGGUGGGCUAGAGAAAUACACUUUAUUUGAGUGUCGAUGUAUCGAAAACACACUAAUUGAGGGUAAUAUUUUUACGUUCCCUACCGGAGAAGGGACAGCAAUUUUACGUGGUCAUCUGAGCCAUGCAAAGGUCUAGCCGGCUGCAGAGAAAAGAGAGUACCUUCAUUUAUCAGUUAUUUUAAGACCCUGAGUAUUGGUCGGCGGUCCGGGGAAUCAAACCCGCUACCACCCGCUCUGCAAUCAAGCGCUCUACCGACUGAACUGAUUCUGCUGCGAUUAAAAGCCGCGAAUAAAUUAAUAUUUUCGCACGUAUCGAUUAGGACUGCUCAUACUUCAUCCGCACACACACACAAGAGCUCUUUUAAGCAUGAAGGUAAUUUUACUCCGUAGACUUUUUCAAAACGAUCGCUUUUUUUGCUUGCCCGCAUGGAUAGAAUAACGCGUCAAAGGUGUUUUUUUUUAGGGGAGUGUACGUCCAUGUGGAAAUCGCCUCCCUAUUCUAGAAAUCGCGCGCAUCAAACUUGAAAGAUUUUACGAACUCUUAAAUACAAUUUUUUUUAUCUGGAUUGAGCUUCAGCCUUGUAUAGAUUGACAAUGGUUAUGAGUGCCUUUUAUAAUUAACCUGGCUUUCCUUGAAGUAACCGUUUGACUCUGAUCAAGCAGGCGCUCCAUUUCAAGUAGUUUAAAGAAACAGAAAGUUAUAUUGAACUUGGUUGUUUCCGAUUGCAAGUUCAGCAACCUAAUUUCAAGCAAGCUACUUGAAAAGGUUGUUUGUUGAUAUUCUCGCUGCAGCGUUUUCUAUUGUAUGUCUUCCUACUUCUGCAAAAACAAUACAGCACGAUGAAGAACAAUAACAUUGUUUCAUGUUUGUUUACCGUUCAAAGUAUAAUAUUAAUAAUUAUAAUAAUGAUGGUGAUAAUGAUGAUGAUGAUGAUGAUGAUGACGUAUGGUGAUGAUUAUUACUAUGAUUAUUGUAAAUUGGUGGUCCUCAGUGUCUAUCUCAUUUCCCAUGCAGAGGAAUCAGGUGGUAUCCAUUACUUUCUUUAAUAAUUAAUUUAUAUUAUAAACUGCGCAACAAGCAGUCUAACAAAGUUCCCCACACAAUAUUCAGCAGUAUUUUAAAUACGCAGAUGCUAGUGAGGCCGAAAAAAUCACUGAAACUCAAAAUAAACAAAAAAGACCAAGAAACUGGCUAGCUGGAGGCAAACCAGUUGGUUAUUUACAAGCGUGGUCGAGGAUUGAAUUUUGUACUUUACCGAUAAUAAAUGCAGCUAGGGCUUAGGGCGGGGAUUGAACUCGGUUCCUUCGGAUUGCAACCCCUAAGCCCUAGCCGCUCGGCCACGCUGCCUUCACAAAUAAAUUUUAUCACGUUUUAUUACUUCCUUCAUGCUCUUUAGAGCCAUCGUUCUCGAAUGAUUCUAGGCUGUUGGUUUCAGUGCCUUCUGUCAGUUGUGUUUUCGGCUUUCCUUUUCUUCGUACAUCACCUUUGCCCGAAUUUGCAGCUUUUCCUUCGUCCAGUGCUUUUUCUCCUGCGGUCUUAGAAGUCUUUCUAAAGUACGCAUUCUUCACCUCAGUUCGUCGCUGCCUUGGCAUUUUUUUCUCCAUAUCAGGCGGUUUUGAACGCCUUUGGGCACAUACUGCUCCAACGUACGGAUCUUUGUCGCGAAAUACAAAUAUCUUGUCCAGCUCGACUAAAAUUUCGUCCGAUUUUGAGACGAUGCUGUCGCCGGGGCUAUCGCUUUCAUGUUGUGCAACGGUACUCUGCUGGUCGUAACACCUUUUUUUAUCGAAGAGUUGCGCCGUUGAAGUUGGCGAGCAUCGGUCAACUCUUGCACCCAUGACACAUUGGCUGCCUCUAAGUCCCAAAGCUUCUUCGUGGUUUCUCGUUUGGUCGACCUUCGAUCUUUGUGGCCUUCCGCGAUAAAGCUUUCCUCGAGUCUUGCUUUCAUGGUCAUCCCAAGCCUUUCUAGUUACUUUUAUUUCCUUGCACAUCUUUUUAGCAAGUUUUGCAUUUGUUUCACUGGCUGCUUUUGAGGUGGAUAAGGACAUCUCUUGAAAAUUGUACACAAUUCCUAACUGAGCUCUAAAUUGGAGUAAGGCAAAACGAUUAUUCGCGUUUCAGUGAAUAUUUCCAAUCAACAUCUUCAAUCUUCAUCGUGCUGUAUUGAUUUACCUUUUACGUUUCCGUUGGUUUGUGGAGGUAAACAAAAAAGAGUUAAUUGCUUGUAAAAUGGCUUGUACUUUUGGCGUCCGUGCUAAUUAACUCAAUUAACAGAAUUCUAAUUGAAUCCCGCUUUCAUUAGAAAGAACGAACCAACUAACGAUACAAUCAGCGUUUUUAUGCGGCAAUGAGUAGUUUUAACAAGUUUCUACUCAUUGAACGCUAUGCAAAUUUUUCGUGAUUUUGUUAUUGACUUAGCGUAAAAAUACUAGCAUUAGCGAAAGCAAAUAAGAAGUUAUUCCCUUCGACACGUUAAUCUUUGUUUCUUGCGUCUCGAAUGAAUAAUGUCAGUUAAAUGUGUCGCUCUUAAUCUUACUAAUUUGCAAAUUCAAAGCUUACAAGUCAACAGCACCGGUAAAAGAUAGGUUUGUUUGUGAAAAAGAAGAACACGGGAAAAUGAACAAAGAUUAUUUUAGCCGCAAGAAUAAACUCCUACGACUUUCUUUAGGGAAGAGGAUUCAAAGUCGAGCUUUUUCCCGUGUAUUACUAAGUUAUACUAUUUUACGAAUGACAUUUUUAAGAUGGAAUUUUUCCUAAGCAGUACAUUCGUUUCUUUUCGUCUGUCUCUGGACAUUUUGCAGAAUCCGUUUUGGCCUUUUUUUCGUGUAGUCUGCAAUUGAAAGUGGUAGACUCAUUUAUGGCUCUCUUUAUCGUGAAAUUUAACUUCAAUUAUUGUACGGCCAGACAUUGUGGCGGCAGAAAUUUAAAAAAACAAUUUUGAACUUAAGUGAAAAUGUGUAGUAGUUGCGUAAGGGUAUAUGUCAUUAAUUAAAAAUGAUUAAUUUCGCUAUAUUCUAACAGGUUCCCCAUUGCAAUGGCUUUUUGUAAAUGGGGCAUUAUAUUUCACCCUGUUCCUGUGCCGUGUAUGUUUUUUAUGCAGGCCAUUUGUGGUUCGUUUUGUCAAGAAAUGUGGUUAAUUUUUCUUUUUUUCGUCUAGCUUCCCUCAACCUUCUCUCUUCGUUUUCUUUUCUCCUCCACUCAACCUUUCAAUCGCUAUCACUCUAUCAAACCACUAUGAAUUAUGUUUUCCCCACCCCACCCUGGACAGGUGUGUACGUGUAAAGCCCCAGUAACGAGGGCGUUCUUUGGGUUUCGAUGCGAAGCAUCUCACUUGAUUGACUUGCGUGAACGCUUUGUAACUCAAAAGUGUUUUGUUGUAGAUCUACGAGGUGCCGUUUUACGUUGCAGUGGAUCAUGAUAGACAAGCAGUUGUUGUGUCCAUUCGAGGAUCUCUCUCUAUGGAGGUUAGAAAAUACAACGCCAUAGUUUUAUUUGCGGAAAGAGAUUGUUUUCAAAAGAACAGGCAGAGACCCUUACUUGUUGAAACUGUAUAGUCGACACGGCGAAGAAGCAUUUGUCUUGAUUUCAGCCUAAUUUACAGUAGAAAGGCUUUCUUGAACAGUCUCUCUUCGAUGAGAAACACUCGCCGAUGAAAUUUACCCGUUCAAUUUGGCAAGUUUUGCGGUCGUCGAGGAAAAUUUAAUCGCGUGCAUGAGACUUUAUAGCGACUGAGAGAGUCGUGAACAGUGGGCCAUUUCAAAGCGUAUCCUGGUGCCAAUCUUUUCUUACGAAAAUGCGUUUUCAUUCCACGCAAAUGAAACUCAUUUUCAUUUGAAUAAUUUGUGCACCUGGCCUCGUUUUGAUUAAGAGGCUUAGAGCAACUCGGAACUGGGCUGUUGAAAUCAAAUAUAGGUGAAUCUUUGCUGACGUCAUUGUUUACAUUUUUCCUCAUUAGCAUAGGACUUAACUCAUAGAAGCCGUGGCCGUAUACAGCUAUUUCCAAAAAGGUUGUCGGAAAAAGUGCACGCGACAAUCCCAAAAGGUAUUGUGGGUGGUUUUGAGUUCACUUUUCUUCACAGAAAUUUGAAAGAAUGGCACUUGAGGCCAUGGGCAUAUGUUCGCGAGUGCUAAAAGAAAGCACUGACAAAUAAAUUCGACAGCUACAAUCGUCACGAACAGUGUAUUGAUCAUAUCCCAUGUUACCUUUCGGGAUUGUCGCGUGCACAUUUUUUCCGACAACCUUUCUCGAAAUAGCUGUAUAUGAACUAAAUGCAAAAGUUGAAAGAGCUAAUUAAGUUGAGCGUUUGUGCAAUUUUCAGCUCUUUGCAAGCGAUAUUAAAGGAAGUAUUAGCCAUCAAAAACUGCGAAAUUGCUGUGUGGCAAAAAAAGUUAAUUAGCCAUACAUUCUCUGUAAAAUUUUGAGUUUUUAAAAGAGGAUUUCUCCGAAACCAUUCCGUGUAUUGGGCUCAAAUUUUCAGAGAUAACUGAAACUGUUAUGCCCUUUCAAUAUGCAGAGUUUUUUUAUUAGCUUCAUCAGAUAGUGAUAAGCAUAUGUCAAUGAGGCAAAAAGUGUAAACAAGAUUCGCCUAUAGUACCGUUACCCAAACUGGCUGUGAGAGUGGAAAGGAUUUAUGACCACAUGUAAUGCAGUACACUGAUUAGUUUACAUCUGAGCUUACACUGAGAUAGUGAAAGACGAACUGCAUUCAAACUGCAAUGUUUUACCAUUAGGACGCUAUGACGGAUCUGACAGGACAACAGGAAGAGUUGAACAUUGAAGGCGUUGGAACAUGUUAUGCGCAUAAGGUAAACCUUGUGACUUUUUGGAGUUUCGAGUCGAGCUUCCUUGUCUUGAAAAGAUUUUGUAGUGUAAAAGAUAUCAAGGCUAGCUUUUUACUCGUUUAUUAAUUUUAUAGACAGUUUAGUGAUCGUAUAAACUUUGUUGUUUCCCUUCCUUGUUUUUGGAACAUUUCUCUUCCAUUCUUAGGGAAUUCUUCGUUGUGCUCGUUAUGUGAAGUCCGUUUUGGAGGAACGAGAGUUACUUCAGAACGCUUUCUCUAGAGCUGGAGAGGUAUGUGUAUGAAGCGGGCGGCUCAAGAAUCCAAGUUCAUUGGAAAUACCCAGUGUCAUUAAUACUCUCAUUCCCAAUGCAUAGGAGUCAGAGAAUCAAAUCACAAGACAAGUCUACUUUCUAUUGCCAAGAAAUAAAUAGUUCUGUGCAAAGGUACUACCAAAAAAGGUUUCAUUUGAAUGUGAACACCAUAGGGUUUCGUCCACAGAUUGAGUAACAAGUGAUCUCACCAUACUGAAUUCGUUCGAGGAGAAUUUGCAUUGUUUUGCGAGUCAAAUGAAACCUAUUUGACGAAACUUUUGCGUAGAACUAUUCUCUGUUUCUAGGAUUUCACCAUAAAGAUUUUAAAAUUUUUGCGUGUUUUUCACUUUGCUUACUAUAAAACGUGAGAAGGUUAAAUUCAAAUCAAAGUAAUUGCUUCUAGUCGGUUGCAGCAAAUGCAAAUGCAAGGUAAACCUAGCCACGCAAAUAGCACGGGAAGAAAUACAUGCCACAACUAGUGCAGUUGUUUCUGAUUUUUUCGACGGGAAACCGAUAAAUGAAUUCUUGUUAUUCUAAGAGUAAGUCUCCAUGGGUUUUCCUUGUUUGUUUGUUUUUUUUUAUUUGUGGGGUCAGCUACGGAGAAGGGUAAAUAGUAGGUAAAGCCAAGUACAUACUGAUGACUGUGACAAAUCUCCUUCGUAAGAUCCUGUCUGGAAAUGAUAUUAGUAACUGAUGAUUGUGUUGUUAUUAUGGUUUUCUUAGGGAUACCGUCUCGUUGUUGUGGGGCAUUCUCUGGGUGCUGGUACAGCAUCGCUGUUAUCUGUUCUCCUCAAACCAUCUUAUCCUGGCUUAAUUUGCUUCUCCUACUCCAACCCCAGUGUCCUGAGGUAAGUCAUAACAUUCAGGGUUAAGUUGUUCCGAACCCGGUCAGCGGUAAUCCUUGGUUAACGACAAACAGUGCAUAUGAGUUGUCAUGGCAACUUUAUACCCCAGAUUUGCGCUUGGCAUUCUUCAUAGCCAUACAAAUACAAGGAAAUGAAAAUAAAUAAAAUUUUUACCCAUUGUUUGUUACGACACAAAAGUUACCUGGGCCAGGUAUUUAAAAUAUCUAACAAGUGUUUAGCACAUGAAAGAACACCACAGUCAUGUAUGCUACUGACCUAGCAGUUGCAAAAAGAAAGCCCUAAAGUAGUUUUAGCCUGGGAGUGCAAACAUUUUCCGGUCGUCGCUUCUCUCCCUUCAAAAAGUACUUUUUCACCUGAAAAGCGACGACCAGAAACGCGCCUGCGUUCACCGGCUAAAGUAUUUCAGGGUUGAAUGGUAUCCGAACCCUUGAGCUAUCAAGCCAACUCGAAAUUGUUUACAAGUGUUCUCAUCUUUGACAACGUUUAGCUUAUACUCAACAUCCUUCACUCAUUUCAGCUCAUUUUUAACAGUCGUUUUCUCUAUUUCAGUGCCCCAGCUACUCCUUACUGUGAAGAGUUUGUUGUCUCUGUUGUACUUGGAAAAGAUGUAGUUCCUAGGUGAGCAACCCUUCUGUAGCUUAUACUUUGUUCUAUUUUGUUACACCUUGUGAGCUGGUGAGAUCUUAAAGCUCUAACUCGCAGCUCCUUGUUGGUCAGCUUCGUCAUUUGGUUUGUCAUUGUAGAGUAAAAUUAACUUUAAUUGUAAUUAGUAAUUUACGAUUUGCAAUAACAAUCUUUGCAGAGAAACAAACUUUAUUUACAAUUGCAAAAUGUUUUAUGAGAGCCUGAGGGCCGAGUUAAGUGGGAAAUUUUCUCGGUAGCCACCAAGGUUGAGAUAUUUUCCGAGAUUCACCCGCCAUUAAAAUGGUUAUUUCUGAAGUAGUAUGCAUUGUACCUUCUCUGCUUAAUUCUUUUUCAUGUCCUAUGCAGAUGAUGAAGGUGGCGCAAGGGCAAGUGUGAUAUACAUAAAUCAUAAACCUUUUUACCGUCUUCUCCUUUUAAACGCUUUUAACGUUUUUCGCUCGCGAGUUGCUCCACAUCAUCUGAAAAUUCAGAGCGAGUGAUGUCACUAUAUCAUCACAUUCACUUGUGUAACCAUGCCUAAUUGUUAUUUAAGAAAGUGCACAAUUCUAGCUUAACAGGUUGUCUUAAAAUUUCACUUCGUUGUAGGAUGGGAGUUAAAAGUGGUGACGAGUUGCGCCACGAUCUUGCGUCCGUAAUCAGUAGAUGCUCAGUACCAAAGGUAACUUGGUUUCAUUACAUCUCUUCAUCGCUUUUUCAUCUUACUUUUUCAUCUUUCAGUAUUUUCCUUUUAAGCACUGAUUAUUCUGUUCCAUUUUUUCGUCUUACCUUUGAAAAGAUUUGACACUCAGCCUCCGGGAAUCAACUCUGCAGCUGUAGAGAGUUGAAUACAUGUGUCAGAUCCAGAUCAAUCAAGAGCGUCAGUGAAGUUCGAUUGAAAUAAGCAAGCCCGUUCAAAGCGACUUCCUUUUGCGUUCAUAAAAGGAGCUAUGUUACUAGGAUAUUGCUGUUUCAGAUAAAAUCUGUGUUGAAAUGAUUUACUCAGUACCUUCGUACAUACACAAAAUGAUCCGCCAGAGACGUGAAGAAGAUAUUACACAUAUUUCCUGAGGGCGUUCUAACCGUCAUAUAUUUUUUGGUGAUGUUUUUGCCGGCAUAGCAUUAAACUUGAAAAAGUUGGCUUACUUCGUCAAGUCUCAAUCCAUUUCCAUCCUUUCAAUCCGUUGCGAAGAGACGACAGGAAACAGUUGCAGUGCCUAAAUGUGGCCUUAAAUAACAAAACUGGACCAUUAUUUAUGAAUUCAAUUGAGCCAUAGACAAGUUUUAGCUUUUUUAAAAAUAUAGCCAACAGCUUAAGAUAAACCCUUUUAGCACUGCCUGCUUUUUUUCAUUUUAAAGCGUUUGUUAAAUUGUGCUUCCACUCUAACACUUCUGUUUGUUUUUAUUUGUUCACAGUACCGUGUGUUAGUGAGCGGCUGCUGGCGAGCCUUGUUCUCGUUAUUGGGUCCCAGUUCUCAACCGGGUCAAGGUUGGCCUUUUUUCUCUUCCUCUCGGCAAUACAGAUCCACUCAUCUUACAUGGGAAAAUAAUCUUACUCAACCUCUCCUUGAAGGCAUAGAAGGUAUACUGAGUAACAAUAAAGCUGCUGAACAUAAACUAAGAUAAUAAUAACAUUGCUAUUUUUUGUAAAUGAAUCGAAGUUAUAAUCAUCUUAAGCAAGUUAUUGUAACCUCUGGAACAUUAAUAUGUAUAGUGACCAUUUGCAAUACAGAUGUAGCAAAAACGUUUUAAUAAUAUAAGUAAUUUUGGUGAUGAUGAUGACGAUAAAUUCGAUACAAGUUAAAACUAAUGAUUAUAUGAAUAGGUGAAAGGUUGCGAAAAACAAUAGUAAAGUGUUGUAGUUAUUUCUGGGACGCAUAAGCUAUGCUUGUGGUUUGUUUGUUUGUGUUUUUUAAGGCUUAAUACUGUGCUGAGCCAGAUGCCUUCACUGCCUUCAUAUCCGUUAAAAAAUCAUUUUGACUUACGCCUAUCUGUGUCAAUUUCAAUGCCAUAGAGCGUUUUCACGUGACGUCAGUUCCUCCAUAUUAGGGAGCUUUUGAGUGACGUAUGUCAACCGGAAGUGAGGUCUUUUUCAUUUUAAAAUUAAUUGACGCUACCAAAUUUGUAUUACUUAGUCUCUUUCUUAUAAUAAAGACGAUUUGUCUAAAUAUUUGGGCAAAAGUGCCGCUCAAGAAUGAAAAAAGUCCACUUCCGGUUGACGUGUGUCCCUCAAAAACGACUUUGCUUAAGUUCACUAUUGGUGUCCCAAAACAAUUAACCGGCGGCCAUGUUAGGGUUCCCAACCAAUCCUGUGGGAGCUGAACCUUUCCUAAUGUAAAAACCUUAACUUUCGUUUGUUCCAAUAAAGUGCCAUAACUGGUGGCCCCGUCAGUGAAAACGCUCUAUAAAGUCGCUCUAAGUACAAAAAUUUGCUGUCACCUUGUAAAUGGUUUGAACCGAAAUAUAAUUUGGUCGUAUGAUCGAAAUUUCUAGAUGAGACGUCAGGCCUGACGGGUGGCGAGGCCUCUCACGGCUACUUGGGUGAAAAUGAGCUGGAACCAGUACCAGUAUCCUUGCCCCCUGUCUCCGCUGAGCAGCUCUUUCCCGCUGGCAAGAUUUUACAAAUGGAUGAAAGGCCUUCUUGCAGGUAAGACUUCUGCUAAUGUUUUGACGCGGAAACCAUUUCAUACUUGUUCAAAGGAAAAUUAGGAUUUUUUUUAAGUUGAUUUUUGGAGUGGCGGAAGGAAUGGUGCUUGUCGCCAAGAAAGUGGUUAUCUCAUUUCCCUGGGGCAUCCUGAACAAACACAGACGAGUUGCUCUAAGGACGAUAGGCGCAAAUUCAUUACAUUUCAUAUUUUCUGUUAACAAUUAAUCCAGGAACUUCGAACAUUUCGGUCCAGGUCUUUUUGUGAUAACCAAGAGCAAUGCUGACCCACCAAGUAGUAGAUAAAAAAAACUUAAUAAUUUGAGAUUUUCUCUGCUUCAAAGACUCGAAGCAACGCAGUAUGACAUCAUUUGGGCGGAUAAAGAGAAUUACGCCAAGAUAAUCAUCCACCCCAGCAUGCUUAGCGACCACAUGCCUGACCGUGUUAUGAGGGCCUUGGAAAGAGUUUCACUCCUCAUACGGGGACAUCACAACGUCCAAGAAGUGUAGUUGGACAAGCGUUGCAGUGACUAGAAACGAAGAAACUAGCGGUACUUUUGCCUUUAUAGGGAUGUAGCUGUGCAGCCGAGGUUUGGUUAAAAACAUAAAAGUGGGACUGCCUCCCUUGAAAUUCAUUAAGUGUAAAAAGAUGGCUUUAGUAACCUAUGACUAGGGUGAAAAUGGUAUGCAACCAAAAAUAGGAUCAGGCCCCGCAAAAGUUUAAAAUAAUGAUACCUUCAACUUGAAGAAAGGUACUACAAGAGUACGGCGUUUUGGGUAUUCUACUGAUGAACAGUUGCAACUUUUAGAUAUAUGCUGGAACAGCAAUUAUUUAUAGUCUUUUACCAUCGAAUUAGGAAAAGUGGGCUACAUUCAAGUGUCCUGUCGUCAAACCAUCGUGACAUCAUUAAUAGCGUACACAACGUCUUGGUUUUCAUUGCAUGCCAAGCUUCAAGGACAUCUGUUGUGGAGGAUGAAAUGAUGAAAAUUAUAGCUAAAUUCAGAUAGCUUAUUGGAAAAAAGCCAACGCAGAAAGUUUUUAAGUGUUUCCACCAGGAGACAAGGGCAAGCGUGACAUGCACGAACGUGAGAUUAUUGCGUACUGUUAUACGUGUCUCUGCCAGGUGAGCUUAUAGGAUGUCUGUGAUGGUACAUGGAGAAUGUCAAAAUACUGUUGCACAAAAUGAACGAUAUAUAUGAAGAAAAAAGAACCAUCAACAAGCUCAUGGAGGCCUCCUGGUUUGGUGGUAAUUCAUUUCCAUAAUUAAGGAUAAAAUUGUGUUUUAUCAAUUGAUUGAUAACCCCUGUACAGUCAAGUCAUCAUUUUCCUUUGAGGAAAGUGCUUGUACUGAUUUGGCUAAAUAAAAUAAAUUGAAGAUUUUAUUUUUAGGCAACUAUUAAAUAGUGCUUACACAGUGUUGUAAUAAAUUCCAGGCGAGAUUUAUUGUAGGUUAAAUUAUUUUGAAAACGGGUUCUCGCCUUUGUUGUACAUGUAUUAUGAAUUUUAAAUAAAAAAAUUGUAG